CGUCAGUGCGUGCUGGUACGCGCGAAGUUAUGCUGUUUGAAAAAACUGUUUUCUGUGAAGGGAAAUUUCAUUUACGCGUUGAAUAAGUGGUGCGACGUUUUAAUUGCAAAUAUGUCGCUACAUUUUACUCUGCUAGUGUUUCUGUGUGAAAUAAAUAGAAUGACGUAGCGUAUGCUAAAGUUUCGAGUUUUAAUUUCUAUGUCACGUAAUGUAUGUUAAUACGAAAACAUGAAUUCUGAGGUUACAAGCAUUCCUGUUAUUACCUGUGUAACAUCUGUUGUUUUACUCGUGUCGUUGUGGAUCGUGAUGUCGUUUUGUAAAAUGUAUUCAAAACAGCGUGUAGCUGUUCAGUUCAGUUUUCAGGAAUAUGAUGACAUUUUUCUAGUUUUCAGUAACUCGAAUGCCAUUGUGAUUAAUUCUACAGCAAGCUCUUGUUCUUCCUUUGAAUCUAUUGUUGAAGAAAUAUAUGAUGCUGCCAAGCGUGCCUGUUGGACUGGAAGCACCCCUCUUGUGAAAUACAUGCUGGAAAAUGGUGCUGAUGUUUCUCUACGAUCUAGUGUUGGUGAUUCUGCUUUUUACUUAGCAGUUCAUAAGAUAGUGAAGGACAAGACUCAGUGGGAUCCAUCUCUUUUAAAAUUGUUGUACAAAUCAGGGUGUUGCGUGAAUGCCCGCCGCCUUCACGGAUAUACCCCUCUUCACUUGGCGGCUGAUUACGGGCACGCGCCACUUGUGGGCUGGCUGCUAAGCCACGGCGCGGAUCCCUCGGCCACCGCCGUGUGCGGGGCGAAACCCGUUGAUUUGGCGCUUUUGAAGGGUCAUGCAGCAGUCGUUGAUAUGCUGACAAUUCGUGUUCAUGAUGUUCCUUGUAGUCCAGUUCUACCGGUUGAGGAGACGGAAAAAUGAUGGCUUGAAAAACUGUAUUGUUCAUUGGUUUCUUUAUUAUUGUUUUAAUAUUUAAUGAAUAUAAUUUGUUUGUUCUGUCCUUUGAAUGAUGUUUUGAGUCAUUGUUACUGUGAUGUUUUUAGACAUGUUUGCUUAUUUAAUUAUCAUUACCUGAAUCUGUUGAAAUGUAUUAAAAUGUGUAAAUAUCAAACGUAGAAGUAAUAAAUGUUAUUAAUAAAACCAUCUCAUA